UAGUUUUUAUGUUAGGUUAGAUAUAUAAUUUGUAUGUAUAUUGAAAUUGAAGUAUAAAAGGAUGAAAAGGUUGAAAUCUAGUGAUGAUGUAAGUUCAUAUGGAAAUGAAAAAGGUGUUUGGGGGAGAAAAGAUGAGGAUAGAGGUUUUCAUUAUAAUAAUAAGUCUGAAAAUGGGAAAAGAGGAUUCAUUUCGAGUUCUUCGUCCGCUUCCGUGCGGUACGAAGAGGAUCGAAAGAAUCCGAAAGUUGUGGUUAGGAAGAGGUCUGAGUAUGAGGGGGAAGGAUAUAGGAGUAGUAAGGGGUAUGAUAGAUAUAGAGAUAGGGAGAGGGAUAGGGAUAGGGAAAGGGAGAGGGAUGGCGGUGGUUCGGAGAGGAGGGGGUUGAGUUCGUGUUCGUCUCCACGUGGGAGCGGAUAUGGAAGUGAUAGGAUACAUAGAUCCGAGAGUUUUUCGGGGCCUAGGAGGGAUUUUCCUAAAGGGUUUAGGUCGGAAAGGGACAGGACGAGGAGAGAGGGGAGUGUUUCGUCGUGGAGGCGGUUUGGUAGUGGUGGAAAGGAAGCCGAGGAAGUGAGUAAGAGUGGUGGUGGUGAUAUGAGAGUAAGUAAAACGGGUUCGGAGGAGAUUGGUAAUAAUGUGAGGUCUCCGCAAGGGGGGAGAGAUGUGAAGUCACCGGUGUGGUCAAAGUCACCGCAAGGAGGGAGAGAGGUGAAGUCGCCGGUGUGGUCAAUGUCUCCAAAAGGGGGGAGGGAGGUGAAGUCACCGGGGUGGUCGAAGUCUCCUCGAGGAGGGAAAGAUGUAAAGUCGCCUGCUUGGUCAAAGGAUUCUGGGAGUGAACAGUCGAAGAGUGUUGAAGUUAAAAAAAGCAAUAGUGUUAGAGCGGAAAGUGGGAAUGGAAAUGAUAGUGAAAGGGAAGAAGGGGAGCUCGAACCUGAUACAGAUCCUCGUCCUGAAUCAGUUCCUAUUGUUGAGAAGUCACCUGAUCAUCCGCCUUUGAGGCCAUUGUGUAGUAGACAGGAGGUUCAACAUGGAACUCCCGUUGAUGAGACAUGUUUGAAAGCUGAAGAAAAAUUAGUUUCAAAGGAAGACAUUAAGCCGGAUCAAGCACGUGUGAAUGCCGAUGUUGAAAAACAAGAAGUGCAUCAAAGUGCAAUAAAUACAGGUAAUAGGACGUCGUCUUCUGGGGAUUCUUCAACGCCGAGAACAGGUGAAAAUGAAGUUGCAGUUCCGUUAUUGUCUGAUAAUGAAAAGAAAGAUGCUUGUAAAGAGGGAGCUGAGAGUGUUUCUGAAACUCUUAAACCUGUGGAAAUAAAACCAGAACAAGACAAUGAUACUAAUGUUGAAGUUAAGCAGGAGAAUACGAGUUCAAGUAUGCAUGUACAGGUAACAGGACAUUCAGAAGCAGAACAACACGAUGUAUCUGGAGUUACUAAUCAUACUUUUGUGACAAAAGAACUGACCCAAAACUUCAAGGAUAAAGGUAAAAGUGUGAUUGUUUCAGCUUCAAAUGGCAAUGAUGAAUCAAUAGGUUUCUUAAAUAGUAAGGACAUUGAUAUGGAAGGACCUAGUAAAAGAGGUUUUGAUUUGUUCUUUAUGGAUCCUGUUAAAAAGCCUGAAAGUAAUGACCAAACAGGAGUAAGCAAGCCUAAAGAUGAGAAGCUCUCUAUGGAACCCCUUGAACUAUCUCUUCGUUUACCGAGUGUACUUCUUCCUAUUGGUGUGGACCAACCGGUUCAUGGUCCAGAUUCACCAAGUCAGGAGAUGAGCAUACAGUCUCAUGCCAGCUCUUUCCAAACCAGUUCUGAUGGAUUUACUAGAUCUUUUUCGGGCUCUCAGCACUAUACCCACAAUCCUAGCUGCUCCUUGACUGAGACUUCAUUUGAUUUUGAACAAUCUGUUGGCAGCCGUCCAUUGUUUCAGGGUGUUGUGUGGCAGGCUCAGCCUUCGGAUGACCACAAGAAUACAGAACCGCCGGUGCUUCAAAGAAGUGUUUCAAAUGGAAAUGGUGGCGUCUCAAAUGCUCAAUUCUUACAGUUAAAUAAUUCUGGAGUUGCAGAAGGAAUUUAUAAAACACCCGUUGUAUUGGACAGACAGCUAAGUAGUAACAAUAACAAUAAGCAGCCAUUGGGAUCACAUUCAAGGCAUCGCAAUGAGAUAAGAUCACCGACACAAAGUGUUGGAUCUCAUGACACGGGUUCAGGGUUUCAUAAAGAUCGGAAGCGUGUAGCUAAUCCAGCUGACUUGGUUGAGCCCCUCCUUGCAAUGGUGGUUUCAGAACCGAUACACAUAGUGGCUCGAAUAUUAAGUGAAAUGUCACCCCCUUCAAUAACAAGUUUAAAAGAGUUGGCUCGUGAUGUUAUCUUAAACCCAAGUAAACGAAGACAGUAUUCUGCGGUUCGUAAGGCACUUGAGAAAAGGUCAGACAUUACUUUGGAGAUGCUAUUGAAAUCGCAUAGUGUGCUGAUAGAGAUACUGGUGACCUUGAAAACUGGUAUUCAAGAUUUUCUCCAGACUAAACCUGAUGUAUCGUCAUCUGAUUUAGCAGAAAUAUAUCUGAACUUAAGAUGUAGAAACCUAACAUGUCGAAGUUACUUACCUGUUGACGAAUGUGAUUGCAAAAUAUGUGUUCAGAAAAAUGGUUUUUGCAGUGCUUGUAUGUGUCUAGUAUGCUCAAAGUUUGACAUGGCGUCUAAUACUUGUAGUUGGGUAGGAUGUGAUGUAUGUUUGCAUUGGUGUCAUACUGAUUGUGGCAUACGGGAAUCUUCUAUAAGAAAUGGGAGUAGUGCAACUGGAGCUUUAGGUCAAACUGAGAUGCAGUUUUUUUGUGUUGCAUGUGAUCAUCCUUCCGAAAUGUUUGGUUUUGUGAGGGAGGUUUUCCAAAAUUUUGCGAAGGGUUGGACAGUUGAAGCAUUUGCAAAGGAACUUGAAUAUGUUAGAAGAAUAUUUUCUGGUAGUGAUGAUAUUCGUGGAAAACGUCUUCAUGAGAUUUCUCUUCAGAUGCUGACUAGAUUGUCAAACAAAUCGGAUAUUCAUCAAGUACGAAGUUAUAUAAUGAGCUUCUUUUCUGAUGAUGAUGCUUUCAAGGAUAACGUGCAAAUCGCACAAGAGAAAGAAGUACUGAAACAAAAUCAUGGAGAAAGAAGUAAAGAUAUAUCCAAUAACAAGGCCAGUCAAGAAGCUGCUAUGUGGAUGAAAUCUAUUUAUGCAGAUAGACCUGUCCAGUUACAAACAACCAGUUCAGACAUACAACGGGCUACUCCUCUAAUUCCAAGAGAACCUGUUUUUGAUGAGUUGGAUGGGAUUGUAAGGAUCAAACUGGCAGAGGCUCAGAUGUUUCAAAUGCGUGCAGACGAUGCAAGAAGAGAAGCUGAAGGCCUGAACCGUAUUGCACAAGCAAAAAGCAAGAAAAUUGAUGAAGAGUUUGCAAGUCGGGUCACAAAGUUGCAUUUACCAGAGGCAGAGGAAAUCAGAAGACAAAAACUUGAAGAACUUCAAGUUUUGGAAAAUGCUCAUCAGGAAUAUUUCAAUAUGAAGGUGAGGAUGGAAAGAGAGAUCAAAGAUUUACUUUUAAAGAUGGAAGCAACUAAGCGUAACUUCAACUCGUAAUCGCCAGGUAGAUCAUUAUUUUUCAAGAUUCCAAGUUUAGUACACUUUUUUUUUCCUCUCUUUUUAUUAAUUUUUAGGUCUACUUGAAGCUAGAUUAUCUUGAAUUAUAUGCUUUUAAAGGCAGACUGUACAGAGACUGUCAAUCUUAGAUAUAAUUCCUUGUUAAGAUACAGCUAAACACCCUUUGGGGUCUCUUUUAUCAUCCGAAAUGAAGUUGAUUCUUCUUUGGUUGA